AUGGAGCCGCGCUUUGCCAAAUAUGGAGAGGACUGGGCUGCACUGACCUCCAGCAUGUGUGACGAUGAAGAUACCACUGCGCUGGUGUGCGAUAACGGCUCUGGGCUGGUGAAGGGGGGCUUCGCUGGAGAUGAUGCGCCCCGAGCAGUGUUCCCCUCCAUCGUGGGACGCCCUCGCCACCAGGGGGUGAUGGUGGGCAUGGGCCAGAAGGACUCCUAUGUAGGGGACGAGGCGCAGAGCAAGAGGGGCAUCCUGACUCUCAAGUACCCCAUUGAGCACGGCAUCAUCACCAACUGGGACGACAUGGAGAAGAUCUGGCACCACACCUUUUACAACGAGCUGCGAGUGGCCCCCGAAGAGCACCCCACUCUGCUCACAGAGGCCCCACUCAACCCCAAAGCCAACCGGGAGAAGAUGACCCAGAUCAUGUUCGAGACCUUCAACGUGCCCGCCAUGUAUGUAGCCAUCCAAGCCGUGCUGUCGCUGUACGCCUCCGGAAGAACCACCGGUAUCGUGCUGGACUCUGGUGACGGUGUGACCCACAACGUUCCCAUCUACGAGGGCUACGCGCUGCCACACGCCAUCAUGCGCCUGGACCUGGCCGGACGCGACCUGACCGACUACCUGAUGAAGAUCCUCACUGAGAGAGGCUACUCCUUUGUCACCACAGCGGAGCGUGAGAUCGUGCGCGACAUCAAGGAGAAGUUGUGUUAUGUGGCGCUGGACUUUGAGAAUGAGAUGGCCACCGCCGCCACCUCCUCCUCUCUGGAGAAGAGCUAUGAGCUGCCUGAUGGACAGGUCAUCACCAUCGGCAACGAGAGGUUCCGCUGUCCAGAAACGCUCUUCCAGCCCUCCUUCAUCGGCAUGGAGUCGGCGGGCAUCCACGAGACCACCUACAACAGCAUCAUGAAAUGUGACAUCGACAUCCGCAAGGACCUGUACGCCAACAACGUGCUGUCCGGCGGCACCACCAUGUACCCCGGCAUCGCUGACCGCAUGCAGAAGGAGAUCACCGCCCUGGCCCCCUCCACCAUGAAGAUCAAGAUCAUCGCUCCCCCUGAGAGGAAGUACUCAGUGUGGAUCGGCGGCUCGAUCCUGGCCUCCCUGUCCACCUUCCAGCAGAUGUGGAUCAGUAAGCAGGAGUAUGACGAGGCAGGACCGUCCAUUGUCCACCGGAAGUGCUUCUAA